AUCUCUCCACCUUAAACUCCUCUCCAACUGCCACGUCUCCACCCUCACCACCUUAAGCCCAAUCCUAUCUCCCUCCCUCUGGCCUAUACGGAAUUGAGAUUUCCCCUUUGACUUACCCCCUAGGCAUCUACUUUUCCUUCGUCCCCCAUUUCUCUUAGCAAAUUUCCACCUUAAAUUUCUCUCGUUCUAUUCUGGACUGGAAAUUUUAACCUUUUCUCUUGCCUUGGUUGCUAGAAAUAGCCAGUUCAAUUUUUUUUUGUUCACAAGUGAGAAAACCAGCGAAACUCAGAAACAAAUAGAGGAUGUCAGGAGGGGUUGGUCCAACCUGCAGUGACAUUAGCCUGCCAAAUGAAGAAGUACAAGGCCAUGAAAGCUCCCGCUCAGAUCCUCUCAAAACCGUCCCAAGCCCCGCCCAUCCAUCGAGGACCCGGUUUCUUACCCUUCGACAACUCAAUUGUCUUGCUGUUAUGAUCAUCACCGCUGCAAGCGCCAUGGUGAGCCCUGGAGACAUCGCUUUUGUGUUCUUUUCUGUCAUCUACAUGUACUUGCUUUUAAAAGUUGCCUUCCCUCGGAAAAUUCCUCCAAAAGAUUCUUUGGUAUUUGAUCCAAGUAACAAGAUUCUUCGCUUGUAUGUAACCGUCGGUGCUAUUGUUGGGCUCUAUCUCCCCGUAGCUUAUAUCUUUGAAGGGGUUCUUGAGGGUGAUAAAGCAGGGAUAAAGGCAGCAGCACCGCAUGUUUUUCUUCUGGCUAGUCAAGUUUUCAUGGAAGGAGUGGCCUUCUCGGCCAGGUUUUCAAUUCCAGUUCGCGUUUUUGUUCCGGUGUUUUACAAUUCGAGGAGGAUUUUCACCCUUGUAGACUGGCUAAGGACUGAGUUUUCAAAGCUGGACAACGAAUAUGCAGGAUCUGCUAGGAGGCUCUACGUUGGAAGAGUCCUUGCUGUGGCUAAUAUGGCGUUUUGGUGCUUCAAUCUCUUUGGGUUCUUGUUGCCUGUUUAUCUACCCAAAGCUUUUAAGAUGUAUUACACUCAAUCUAAGGUAAAAGAUUGAACAGAUCUUAGGGUUUUUUUUUUUCCCUUUCCAGUUUCCCACUUUACUCUUAGCUUAGCACAUAAGGUUUCCCUUUCUUCCCUUCCGACUACGUUAACGUGGUUUUAGUUUGUAUAAAUUUGGUCUCAUGAUUGAGGUUUCUCACAAUAUUUGUUUUCUUCA